GCCUAGGCUGGCAAUGGCCAUAUAGGCUUAGGGGAGACCUUGGAGUACUGCUGUGGUGCAGAGAGGCGGCACGCUGCUUUUCUCAUGCCCAAUAAAAUACUCUUUUUCUGCGCUAGGGAAACACAAUGUGAGGGCAGAUUUCCCCUUAUACUCAGACAGGGAAGGGUUUACAAGGGCUGCUUAUUCCGCCAAUGGGAGCACAGAACGCGCCAGGCUCAGCAGCCAAUUACAGCACAGCAGGCACCGUAUAUAAAAGACGUCAGACAGCGGCUUGUGUAGUAUUACUAUUUGUUGGUGGAAAAAAGUGACGUUGCGCUAACAUGGCAGAAACUGCACCAGCUGUCGCCGAUGUCCCGCCGUCAGAGGGCGCAGCCAAAAAGAAGAGGCAGCCGAAGAAAGCUGCAGGGGGAGCCAAGAAAAGCGGCAAGUCUUCCGGGCCCAGCGUCUCCGAGCUGAUCCUAAAGGCAGUGGCCGCCUCCAAGGAGCGCAGUGGAGUUUCUCUUGCCGCCCUGAAGAAGGCUCUGGCUGCCGGAGGCUACGAUGUGGAGAGGAACAACAGCCGCAUUAAAGUGGGGGUGAAAGGAUUAGUGACCAAAGGAACUCUCACCCAUGUGAAAGGCACCGGCGCUUCCGGCUCCUUCAAGCUCAAUAAGAAGCAGCUGGAGAGCAAGAAGGCCGCCCAGAAAUCUCUGAAGCCCAAGAAACCAGCGGCAAAGAAAGUGGCCAAAUCCCCGAAGAAGCCCAAGAAAGCUCCGAGUGCAGCCAAGAGCCCCAAGAAGGUGAAGAAACCCGCUAAAGCGGCUGCUGCCAAAAGCCCAAAGAAGCCUAAAGCCGUGAAGUCUAAGAAGGUGGCCAAGAGUCCCGCCAAGAAGGCAGCGAAGCCCAAAGCCGCCAAGAGUCCGGCCAAGAAGGCAGCGAAGCCCAAAGCCGCCAAAAGCCCGGCCAAGAAGGCAGCUAAGCCCAAGAAAGCUGCGGCCAAGAAGUGAUAAAAGAGCCGCCGCAGCCUCGCUUCCUUGUUAUCCCCCCCAAAGGCUCUUUUCAGAGCCACCCACCCUGUCCAGGCAGAG